AUGGCAGCACGUAAAGGAAUGAGUCAUAUUCUUGAUGGAAUAAUGAAAUACCGUCGAACAUUAAGACCAUCGCUCUUAGAGGAAUUUAAAAAAGUAGCAACAGGACCUUCUCCUGAAGGUCUUCUAUUAACUUGUGUUGAUAGUCGUGUUGUUGCAUCUCGUAUAACUCAAGCUGUACCUGGUCAAUUAUUUAUAGUUCGAAAUCCUGGUAAUUUAGUUCCUCAUCAUAAUUGUUUUCGAAAUCAUGUAACUGUUGGAGGUGAAUGUGGAGCUCUUGAAUUAGCUUGUUCAAUAAAUAAAGUUCAUGUUAUUGUUGUUAUUGGUCAUUCUGAUUGUAAAGCAAUGAAUUUACUUUAUUCAAUACGUAAUGAUCUACAUUUACCAUCAAAAGGUCCACUUGAAGAUUGGCUUAGAGUUCAUGGACGAGGAACAGUUGAACAAUUUAAAAAACUUGAAACGUCUACUGGUUUUGAUCGAAAACUUAAAUUUGCUGGUGCACAACAUUAUGAAGAUGAUUUUGAAGCAUAUAUUGAUCCACAUAAUCAAUUUAUACCUUCUGAUAAAUUUUCUCAAAUAAAUACAUUAGAACAAUUGAAAAAUUUUCUUUCAUAUCCAUUUUUAAAAGAACGACUUAAUCGUAAUGAAUUAGAAGUACAUGCACUUUGGACAGAUAUAUCAAAAGGAGAAUAUUCAUUUAUUGACAAUCAUUAUAUGAAAAGUAAAUGUUUCUACAUUGGUUUCGCACAAAUGGGUUCAAUUCCAACUAUUAUAAUAAGUUGUUCUAUAAUUUUUCUUGUAAUAAACAUAGCUGUUAUUACUUCUGAAAAAGCAGAAUUGAAACAAAAUCAAACAUCAUUCAUAAAUCCACGUAUUAAUUGUUAUCCGGAAAUCGAAUCUCCAUAUUCGAAUUAUUCAAAAGAAUCAUGUUUAGCACGAAAUUGUUUAUAUGAUGAUGAAGCUGAUUCAUCUGUAAUUCAAUGUUAUUUAUCACCUAAUUAUGGAUAUAUCUUACAAAAUUCUACAGAACAAACAAAUAAUACUUUUAAAUUACAAUUAAAAAGAAAUCAAGCAAUAGAUAACAUGUUUCCAGAACCUAUGGAAAAUGUUAUACUUGAAAUUCAAUAUUAUACAAAUGAUAUCAUUAGAUUUAAAUUAUAUGAUGCUGAUAAAAAAAGAUACGAAGUUCCAAUUCCAUUAACGCCAUCUCCUGGUAAAAUUGAUUCACCACAAUAUGAAUUUAAUUAUUCAUCAGAUAGUACACGUGAUAAUAUUCUUUCAUUUUUUAUUAAACGUCGUGAUGAUGCAUCAAUUUUAUUUGAUACAUCACUUGGAGGUCUUGUUUUAAAUAAUCAAUUUCUUCAAAUAAUAACACGACUUCAAUCAUCACAUAUUUAUGGUUUUGGAGAAAAUAAUCAUGAUACACUUAAACAUAAUGUUGAUGAAAAACCAUCAUGGGGAAUAUUUGCUCGUGAUCAAGGAACUAAUUGGGAUAUAAAUGCUAAUCACUACGGUCAUCAUCCAUUUUAUAUUGUUAUGGAACAAACAUUAAAUGAUAUGCCAUCAGGUCGUAUGCAUGGUGUUCUUUUACUUAAUUCAAAUUCUAUGGAUUAUUCAUUUGAUUCAACACCAUCAUUAACAAUACGUACAAUUGGUGGUAUAUUAGAUUUUUUUAUUUUUCUUGGUCCAAAUCCUGAACAAGUUAUUCAACAAUAUACAUGGCUUAUUGGACGUUCUUUUUUUCCACCUUAUUGGUCACUUGGUUUUCAAUUAUCACGUUGGGAUUAUUCAAAUUUAACACAUAUGCAAAUGACAAAUAAACGUAAUCGUGAUGCUGGUGUUCCAGUUGAUGUACAAUAUGCUGAUAUUGAUUAUAUGGAUGCUGAAAAAGUUUUUACUAUUGAUUCAAAUAAUUAUCAAGGUAUAAAAGAAUAUUUUCAAGAAUUAAAUUCUGAAGGAAUUAAAACAAUUAUUAUUUUGGAUCCUGGAAUGAUUGAUGAUCAAGAAUAUUAUGAACCAACUAUUGAUGGAAUUAAAGAAGAUGUUUUUAUUAAAUGGGAUAAUGGAAGUUUAGUAAGAGGAACUGUUUGGCCUGGGCCAGUCUUUUUUCCAGAUUUUUUUACUAAGAGAGCACAAGUUUGGUGGGAAAGAUGGAUUACAAAUUUUCGAGCAGUUAAUUUAACUUUUGAUGGACUUUGGAUUGAUAUGAAUGAACCUGCUUUAUUUGAAACGAAUGAUCCUGUACCAUGGAAUUGGCUGGAAACAGGAAAUAAUUACACAUUAAAAUGUCCUGAAAAUAAAUGGGAAGAUCCACCAUAUCGUACUAAAGCUAUAUAUCGUUGGGAUAGAAAAAUAAAUCGAACAAGUCGUCUUUCUGAUCGUACUUUAUGUAUGUCGGCUCAUCAAGGUGAAAUUAAUUCAAAGACAGGUGAAGCUAUAUAUCGUCAUUAUGAUGUUCAUAGUCUUUAUGGAUGGAGUCAAACAAAACCAACAUUAGAUAUUAUUCAAAAAAUAACUAAUAAAAGAAGUUUAGUUUUACCUCGUUCAACUUUUGUUGGUUCAGGUCAAUGGGCUGGUCAUUGGCUUGGAGAUAAUGAAGCAACAUGGCAUGAAAUGAAACGAUCAAUAAUUGGAAUGAUAGAAUUUAAUUGGUUUGGAAUUCCAUAUAAUGGAGCUGAUAUUUGUGGAUUUGAUAAAACACCAACUGAAGAAAUGUGUAUUCGUUGGAUGCAAGUUGGAGCAUUUUAUCCAUUUUCACGAAAUCAUAAUAUAUGGAAAACACCUGAUCAAGAUCCAGCUGUUUGGUCAUCAUCUGCUCUUUCUAUAAUGAUAAAAGCACUUCAUAUUCGUUAUACACUUCUUCCAUAUUAUUAUACAUUAUUUUAUAAGGCUCAUACAACCGGUUCAACUGUAAUUCGACCUCUAUUUCAUGAAUAUCCUAAAGAUAGAAUAGCACUUGAUAUUUACCUUCAAUUUCUUAUAGGAGCUAAUAUAAUGAUAGCUCCCGUUACUGAUGAAGAUGCACGACAAGUUCAAGUUUAUAUUCCUUCAACUGAAUGGUAUAAUUAUGAAACAGGUGAUCAAUAUCUUUAUCCAAAACAAUUUAUUAAUAUUUCAGCACCAUUAGAUACAAUUCCGAUAUUAUUAAGAAGUGGAUCAAUUAUUCCUACACAAGAAUAUGCAAAUAAUACAAAAUAUUCACGAGAAAAUCCAUUUGGUUUAAUAAUUAUUUUAAAUAAAACUGGUGAUGCUGAAGGUGAUUUAUUUUAUGAUGAUGGUGAAUCAAUUGAUACAAUUAAAACAAAAUCAUAUUAUUAUGCAAAAUUUAAAUGGUCAUCACUAGAUCAACAAUUAACAAUAAAUAUUAUUGAAAAUAAUUAUUCUCAUAUGUCAAAUUUAACUUUAGAUAAAAUAACUAUUUAUGGAUUACAAAAUAUGCCAUCAACAAUCAAUAUUAAUAAUAAACAAUUUUAUCCUAAAACUCGAUCAUCUACACAAAUUGUUGAUUUUACAGGUUUUGCAUUAUCAAUGAAUAAAAAUUAUACAUUAACAUGGUCAAAUACAGAAUCAAUAAUUAUUGAAAUACCAAAAAGUGUUUCAACAGAUCCAAAACAUCGUGUAAAUUGUUUUCCUGAUCCAGAUCUAACAAGUUAUGCUUGUUUCGCUCGUGGAUGUAAUUACGAUGGAAUAACAAAUGUAGAUCAUCCAUCUUGUUAUGUUCCUAUUGAAAAAGGUGGUUAUAAUAUAAAUUCAACAGCAGAACAAAUAUCAGAUGCUAUUAUACAAUAUAAUCUUACACGUCAUUCUGUAAAACCUAAUCUUGCUCCAUCGAAACAGCCAAGUGUACGUUAUCGUUAUUAUCGUCGUCUACGUCCAUCAAAUGUUAAAGAAUUAGUUACAACAGAAGCGAAUGAAUUUUCAAUGUAUGGUCAUGAUAGUGAUCAUUUAAAUGUACAAAUUAGUGUUUCAGGUACAGAUAUGAUACGAUUAACAAUUCGAGAUGCAGAAAAAGAUCGAUAUGAAGUUCCUGUACCUAUUAAAUGGCGACCAACUCCAGUAUCUUCAUCAGAUAAAGCAAAAAUUCAAUUUGAAAUGACAGAAACAUCAUUUGAACAAGCAGGUUUUCGUGUUAGACGUACAGAUACUCAAACUAUUAUAUUUGAUACAUCAUAUUUUGCUCAUGGAUUUGUUUAUGAUAAUCAAUUUAUUCAAUUUAUAACAACUAUUCCAUCAACAAAUGUUUAUGGUUUUGGCGAAAAUACUCAUCUGUCAUUUCGACAUAUAUUAAGAAAUUCUUCUCGUUAUGGAAUAUUUGCUCGUGAUCAACCACCAUUGGGACAAAAUGAAAAUUUAUAUGGUACACAUCCAUUUUAUAUGGCAAUUGAACGUGAUGGACAAGCAUUUGGUGUACUUAUACUUAAUUCAAAUGCACAAGAUUAUAAAUUAGAUGAAUUUGAAAAUGAUCAAUCAUUACUUACAUAUCGAACAAUUGGAGGAAUAUUAGAUAUAUUCUUUUUUGCUGGACCACGUCCUGAAGAUGUAAUUCGACAAUAUCAAUUAGUUAUUGGUUAUCCUUAUAUGCCACCUUAUUGGGCAUUAGGUUUUCAACUUUGUCGAUAUGGUUAUGAUACACUUGAAAAUAUGAAAGCAGCUAUGAAAAGAACUUUAGAUGGAAAAAUUCCAGUUGAUAUUUUGUAUGGUGAUAUUGAUUAUUUUCGACAACAACUUGAUUUCACUUGGGAUCCAUUACGUUUUAAAGGUUUACCUGAAUAUAUUGAUUGGUUACAUCAACAAGGAAUGAAAUUUAUAACAAUACUUGAUCCAGCUAUCGAUUCUGAAGAACCAAAAUAUGAUGUUUUUACUGAAGGACAAAAAACAGAUAUUUGGAUUAAAUGGCCAGAAAGAAAAAAUCCUCAAGUCAACGAAACUCAUAAUAGAAAUAUGCUUGGAUAUGUUUGGCCAUAUGGUAAAACAGUAUUUCCCGAUUAUUUGUAUCCACCAGCUAAAGAUUGGUGGAAAACUCAAAUAAUAAAGUAUCAUAAAAAAAUAAAAUUUGAUGGUCUAUGGAUUGAUAUGAAUGAACCAGCAAAUUUUGAUACAAAUAAAUUACAACCAUGGAAUUGGCCACAUGCAGAACCUUGGAAUCUUCAUUGUCCUAUGGAAGAAGCAUUAGAAAGUCCUCGAUAUAAAACAGCUAUACAUGGUGAAUAUUUAUCUGACAAAACUCUUUGUAUGAUUGCUGAACAAAAAGAUGGUCAAGGAAAAAUUUAUAAUCAUUAUGAUGUACAUAAUCUAUAUGGAUGGUCAGAAACAUUACCAACAUUAGAUGCUCUACGAGCUUUAGGAAAAAAACGAUCAAUUGUAAUAAGUCGAUCAACAUUUCCAACAUCUGGUGCAUAUUCUGGUCAUUGGUUAGGUGAUAAUACAGCUGCAUGGCCACAUCUUAAAUAUAAUAUAAUUGGAAUGCUUGAAUUUAAUUUAUUUGGUAUUCCAUAUGUAGGUGCUGAUAUUUGUGGAUUUUUUGAAAAUCGAACAGAACAAAUGUGUCAACGAUGGAUGCAAUUAGGUGCAUUUAAUCCAUUUUUUCGUAAUCAUAAUGCAAUAAGAUUUAUUGAUCAAGAUCCUGGAAGUUUUUCUUCAAAUAUUGUUGAUUCAAAUCGUCGUGUUGUUGAAAUACGUUAUACAUUAAUUCCAUAUUUAUAUACACUUUUUCAUCGUGUUCAUAUUACAGGUGGUACUGUUGUUCGUUCAAUGGCACAUGAAUUUCCAACUGAUUCAAUAUGUUGGUCAAUUGAUGAACAAUUUUUAUGGGGUUCUUAUUUAUUAAUAGCUCCUGUUAUUUAUGAAAAUCAUACAACAAAAGAUGUUUAUUUACCAUCAUCAAAUGAACGAUGGUUUAAUUAUUAUACAGGUGAAGAACAAUUAAAACUUGGAUAUAUUAAUGUUUCAGCUGAUUAUGAUUAUUUACCAUUAUUUUUACGUGGUGGAGCAAUUUUACCACGUCAACAAUCAGCUAUGAAUACAGUUAAAUCACGAUUAAAUCCAAUGAAUUUAAUUAUUGCACUUGAUAAACAAGAAAAAGCUCAAGGAAAUUUAUUUUGGGAUGAUGGAGAAACAGUUAAUACAUAUCAAACAUCAAAAUAUAAUUAUUUUAAUUUUAAUUAUGAUAAACAACGUUUAAUAAUUGAACCAUGGACAUAUAAAUAUAAAAAAAUGGAUGAUCGUAUUAAAUUAGAUAAUAUUACAAUUUAUGGUUUAAAAAAUCAACCAAAACAAAUUCAAUGGAAUGAACAAGAAUUAUCAAAUAUUCAAUGGACAUUUAAUUCAACAUUAAAUAUUUUUCAAAUGAAAGAAUUAGCUUUAAAUUUAUCGCAAACACAUAAAUUUAUUAUUUCUUAA